UGUGCUUGAGCUCCCGCGAACCCAAUCAGCUGCACUUCUAGCCAGUGUGUGUGUUAGUUAGUGCAGCUAGACGUUUCAUCGCCGAGGUCGACGGAUAUCAUAUUAAUAAGGCUCCGCGUUAUAAUAAAAAUGUCUACAAAUAAAGUGAAGAAAGUAAAAAUGGCUACCAAAUCAUGCCCCGAGUGUGACCAACAGAUCCCUGUGGCUUGUAAAUCCUGUCCUUGUGGUUAUGUCUUCAUCAGCCGAAAGCUUCUCAAUGCUAAAUUAAAUGAGAGGUCAAAUCCAGUGAUGGACAAAUUGGAUCCCAAGAGAAGACGAACAGAAAGAAUCAGAAAAGAGAAGAUAAACUUAACGUCUGCCAAUGAUAUGGAAAAUAGGAGACAAUCCCGUUCAAACAGUCAAUCAGAUCCAAUUCGUAGAGGGCGUGGUAGACCAAAAACUGUUGGUCUGAAGAAGCAGGAGGAAGAAAAAGAAAAACAGGAAAAGGAGAUUGACAUUUAUGCCAACCUCUCAGAUGAGAAGGCUUUUGUGUUCUCUGUGGCCUUGGCUGAGAUUAACCGCAAAAUUCUGGGCCAGAGACUCAUCCUAUAGCAGGGGGUGGUGGAAACAAUUGCAGCUGAAACUCAGGACUCUCAGGACUCUCACGACGUGGGUGUGCGGGUGUCCCAUAUAUCUGAUGGAAAAGAGGGUGUAAAACUGUGACCCAGAAAUGCUUAUGACUGUGGCUUAAACCUGCAUUUGUGGCCAAAGCCCAGUGGUGCUACCUCAGAUAGGUGGGAAUUCAGACACCUGCUCUGCAGAUCUGUAUGAGGGAAAAAUGACUGUUGCUCUACAAGAGUGUAAAACUAGUAAAUGUUAGUGAUGUAGGAUUCUAUUUAUAUUUUAAUCAAUUUUAUGAAAUGUAUGAAGUGUUGCUUAAGUAAUUUCCUAAAAAAAUGAAGCUGUUUCUUGGUGAACAGUGAGGGCAUUGUGCACAUUAAAAGAGCAAUAUAUGUGCAUUAUAUGGUACCAUUGAGUAAAACGUGUAAGCUGAUAUAUAACACUGUUUAUUUAGGUGCCAGUGAGCCAUAUGAAAUUAAGUAAUCUAGUAGGUUUUAAACCCAGGGAAUGCUUAAUAAAUGGUUAUUUAUUAUGUCUCUACCAUGCAAAUUUAAGUGCAUAUUUUAUUUUUCCCUUUUGUUAUUAUUUCACAAAUGGUAACAAUGUGUAACAUUCACCCUGUAUGUAAAUGUAUUAAAAUCA